UUUGUGUCCUGAGGUGGAGGCAGCAGCAGAGGGAAGAGCCCUGGAUUUUGCAAUUUGAGAAACAUGGAUAGCGUUACUUCAUCACUCAACCUGACCUCCAUCCCAACUCAGCUUCCUCUCAACAUUACAGCUGACAUCAAUGCCACGGUGAAGCCUUUCAGUGUGUUUGAUGGGUGUGAGCGGCACGUCGAGGCCGUCCUCUUUGAUCUCAGCGUUCAGAUUAUCAAUGUCAUCGUGGGAAUUCCUGCCAACUUACUUGUCAUUGCAAUUCUCAUCCACAACCGCAAAGACCCCUCCACUUCAGAUAUAUUCUUUGGCUGCUUGGCCUUUAUGGAUGCCUACUUUGGUACCAUGACUCCCCUCCAACUCCUUAACCUUUACGUCUGGCACAGCAAAGAGGUUUGGUCGUCCGUGAAGUUUUCCUUCGGCGUUAAAGACACCAGCAGCCCGUUGUUUCUCUCCUGCAUCUGUCUGGAUCGCUUUGUGGCCGUGCUCUUUCCGAUUGCAUUCGGCCGGAUGAAGCACAUCAAGUACAGGUUAGGCCUCACGGUGUUGGUGCUCUGCCUCACCUUUGCCUACUCAGCGGCCAAGAUGGUGGGGGGACUCCCCAACUUUGAGAAGGUGUUCACCGGUGAGAUCCUGGCAACUUUUUCCUGGAUGGUGAUAUGUAACGCAAGCAUCCUGUGGGCCCUCAAGAAGUCCCGGGGCAACGGGAAAGAUGAAAUGCACCCCAUGAAGAAGAAGGCCUUCAAGAUGGUGCUCUCCAUCCUUUGUAUUAUUGUGUUCAACUACUUGCCACCUGUAGCUCUGUUCCCUUUUGAAGACCAUUACACUCCUGAUGUGUUUCGCUGCUACGUGCAGCCGGUGGGCUACGCCUUCCUGAACAUUAGCAGCACCAUCCAGCCACUUAUCUAUCUGACUCGUCUGGAGAAGGUCCCUUUCCUCCCAGAUGCUUGUGUCAAGAAGUGUUCUUCCUGUCUCACUGCAAAGCACAGAAAAUCAACACCUGAACAGAAACAAUCAGCGUAAAUCUAAGUGUAGCACAUAUUU